AGUUGAUGCACUGGCCCUAGCCAAUGGCAUUUUGCCGUCUGCCACGUUUCCGGGGUUGUCGCAUUGUCACGUUGUCAGUUGUGGUUGCGGGAAAAGUCAGGCCGCUGAACGUAGUUUUGGUUACGGUCCGUGUUGGCGGUUUUAUUUGGCCGUCGAAAAUGCAAAUAUUGCGACAAUUAGAUGUACAUCCAAAAGUGCGCGAUGAAGCAGAUAUCCUGGUGCGAACUUUCAGUGGUGCCAUCGUGACUAUCAUUAGCACCAUUAUAAUGGGAAUGUUGUUUUUAUCCGAAGUGAAUUAUUAUCUCACACCAACCCUUAGUGAAGAACUAUUUGUGGAUACCUCAAGGGGUUCCAAGUUGAGAAUUAAUUUAGACAUCAUAGUUCCCAUGAUAUCUUGUGAACUUUUGUCAAUAGAUGCUAUGGAUACUACGGGUGAACAGCACUUGCAGAUAGAACACAACAUAUUUAAAAGACGCUUAGACCUGAAUGGAAAACCCAUAGAGGAUCCACAGAAGACAGAUAUUACAGAUACAAAAGCACUUAAUAAAACCACAGCAAAGACAGAGGAAAGUAGUACUCCUAAAACAUGUGGGGACUGUUAUGGAGCUGCUAGCGCAACUAUUAAGUGUUGUAACACUUGCGAGGAUGUAAGAGAAGCCUACAGAGUGAAAACAUGGGCACCACCUGAUCCAGCAGACAUAAAACAAUGUCAAAAUGACAAAUCAAUUGAGAAAUAUAAAAACACUUUUACCCAAGGAUGUCAGAUCUAUGGGUAUAUGGAGGUGAAUAGAGUAGGGGGAAGUUUCCACAUUGCACCUGGCGAUAGCUUUUCUGUUAAUCAUGUACACGUGCACGAUGCUCAACCAUACACGUCGGCUCAGUUUAACAUGUCCCAUAAAAUUCACCACUUAAGUUUUGGAUUGAACAUCCCAGGGAAGACAAACCCCAUGGACGAUACUUUUGCUCUUGCAAUCGAAGGGACGAUGAUGUUUUAUUAUUAUAUAAAAAUUGUGCCUACGACCUACGUUCGAGCCGAUGGGUCUACUUUGUUAACGAAUCAGUUCUCGGUGACACGACACGUCAGAAAAGUAUCAGUGUUCGGCGAGUCCGUAAUGCCUGGAAUAUAUUUUAGCUACGAGCUCAGUCCGCUUAUGGUAAAGUAUACGGAAAAAGCAAAAUCAUUCAGUCAUUUUGCAACGAAUGCGUGCGCGAUCAUCGGUGGUGUUUUCACUGUUGCUGGAUUGGUUGAUUCGUUACUUUAUCACUCCGUUAAAGCGAUACAAAAAAAGAUAGAGCUAGGAAAGUACAAUUGAAGUUUUUUAUGGGCAAACGUUAAAAAGUAUUAUAGAUAAUAAAUGUCGGUGUGCAUAUGUGAUGUGUAAGAUUCGUAUAAAAAAGAACGACCGAAAGAAUAUAAAUCGAUGCAUUUCAGUAUAUGUUUCUUUACCUUGACUAAGACAAAAUUAUGAACAUGGCUUAAAUACUUCUCUGUGACAUAUAAAAUUGUACAUAAAGAUUUGUAGGCAUACAUAAGAAAAUUUAAGAUUUAAGUAUAUACACAAUAAAAGUUACCCUGCUAACGCACAUCGUAUUUAUUUAAAUUAAAUGGUUUUUAGAAACAGAUUGUACGUAUCAAUGGAUGCUUUUGCUACAUUGUUACAAAAUUCAAUAUCGGUGCCACCGACUACAUCUUUCAACGACACAUAUAACGGUUUUGUAGGAUCGUAUUGAUUCCGCUUUAACUCUACCAAAAAUUGAUGUCUUGAGUGGAGUAAACUUUUUCUGUAAGUUAAAGCCUUUGAUUGUAUGGAUAUUAGUUUAUGAGAUAUAUUCAUCUGAUUGUGUAUAUAAUCGAAAGCGUCCACUAUUUUCGAUCUACCUACAACCACAAUCAUAGCUACUUUAAAAACAUUACUUAAAGUAAUAUUUGUUACUGUGUCUAUACUUACUGUUUAUCCAAACAAGAGGUGAAUCCAACAAGAUACGUUUUAUUUCAGUUAGAUUGAAACCCAUUUCCUCUUUCACAGAGAAAGUAUUCUCUUUUAUAUGCAUCAUAUCGUAUGUUAUAAGUUUGGGACAUUUCGUUGCUAAAUACCUUACUUGGUCACCAUCUAAUUUGAAAGUCCAUUGAAAAUGACCCAAUCUUCCAUCUAUUUUUUGCGUUUUACAGGACAACCACAAUGGAUUACCGGUUAUAAUCCUUUGUAUCAUUGGAGGGGUAAAUAAGUGAGCUGCUAAAUAUCUUAUCCUAGUGUGAAGAUCAUCCAUAUCCUCUUUGAAAAUUCUUGGAUUUUUCGUGAUAAAUCUGCCAAGAUUUUCUGGUUGUAGACCACAAUCAUGUAAGAACGUUAUGUAAGGUUUUAUAUCCCUGUCAAAGUCUAGGCUCAAGUACAUUUCAACUAAAUCUC